GCAGCAAGAAGUCCAACUCGAAGUGGAACUCUGGGUGGAGCAGUCAGCCAGACUUGUGACACCUGCCACCGACUACCGAACAGAAUAAUUCGUGUGCCAGCCCAGGUCGCGGUGAUCUUGAAAUUUUCGCGUGUGUUGCGUCAUAAUUGAAAAUGAUCGCAGUGCGACACCUUAAAUGGCAUCCCCAUCCCCAGUGACGACGGCAGACAGUCGGUUUUGGGCAUCUUUGUUUGGUUCGCGUUGAUUUCGUUGACGGGAACAAGCUGGCAACGAGUUAAUUAGAGUUCGGAUCGUGUGCUCCGGGGUAUCCGAAUACAUAGCUGAUUUAUGUUGAGGCACUUGGACAGCCAUUCUUUGGCCAAAAAAGGCGCAGCAGCAGCGCUAGAAAAUAAACCAAAAAUUAGCAACAUUUAGUUAAUGCACAUAAAUAAAUAAAACAGAUACGCUACAAGCCCCGGGCAUACAGACAUUUGAAAAUCAAAUAUUGCGAGACUCCAAAUUGGGCAAGUCGGCUCGUGUGGCUCGCGAUCCGUGUGGGCCGAUCCACCGAGAGACGAUCUUAAAAUCAAACAAAAAGAAAAUAAAUGACGAGUUUAAAUAACACUAACAAUCGGCUUUGCUGAAGCCCCGCUUUGUUGGUUAAUGAGUGCUGCCAUAUUUGGCCCGAUCGACGUCGAGAUGCCCGCCCCCCCGGCCACAGUGAAGCCUGGCCUGGGUCACACGACCAAGCUAAGCAGCAGCAGCAGUAACAAUAACAACAAUGGCAAAUCAAACACUAGCCAGAGCACAUUAUGCAAUUCCCUCGCCCAUCUGAGCGACUCAAGGACCAAUCUCACUGUCAACACGCCCACCACCUGCCAGCGAUUAAGCGAAAUGUUCCGUCGUUCAAUUGCCAGCAGCACCCAUUCCAGUGCCAGGGAAAAUACAUACGAGGAGAUAUAUCCCGGACCUGAUCCAAAACACAUUAUGGGCUCCCUGGUUUUCUGUAUUCACCACAAACAGGGCUGCAAGUGGUCCGACGAGCUACGAAAGCUAAAGGCCCAUCUGAACACCUGUAAACACGAUGCCACGCAGUGCCCCAACAAAUGUGGAGCCCAGAUUCCCAGGAUCAUGAUGACCGAUCACCUGCAGUACACCUGCACGAUGCGCCGGACUCGCUGCGAGUUCUGCCAGAGCGAAUUCUCUGGCGCCGGUCUCGAGGAGCACAAUGGCAGCUGCGGUCAGGAGCCGGUCUACUGCGAGGCCAAAUGCGGCCAGCGGGUGCUCCGCGGAAGGAUGACCAUGCACAAGUCAAAGGACUGUGCCAAGCGACUCCGUCGCUGCGCUCACUGCCAGCGAGAAUUCUCCGCAGACACACUGCCCCUCCAUGCAGCCCAGUGCCCGAGGGCCCCUCUCGCCUGUCCUCAGAGAUGCGACGCCGGUCCCAUUGCCCGUGGCGAGCUGGAGGCCCAUCUGAGGGAUGAGUGCCAGUCCCUAGCCGUAUCCUGCAGCUUCAAGGAAGCAGGUUGCCGGUUCAAGGGACCACGACAGAUGUUGGAGGCCCAUCUCGAGAGCAACGCCGCCGCCCAUCUUUCUCUGAUGGUGGCCCUCAGUUCACGCCAGGGUCAGCAGAUCCAGAUGCUCAAAUCGGCAGUGUCCAAGCUUUCGAUCAACUACACCGGAACUCUGCUAUGGAAGAUCACCGACUGGUCCGCUAAGAUGGCCGAGGCGAGAGGCAAGGAUGGUUUGGAGCUGGUCUCGCCGCCCUUCUACACCUCCCAAUAUGGUUACAAGCUGCAGGCCUCGAUGUUCCUCAAUGGCAACGGACCCGGUGAAAACACCCACGUCUCCGUGUACAUUAAGGUUUUGCCGGGAGAAUAUGAUGCCUUGCUGAAGUGGCCCUUCUCGCACUCGAUCACCUUCACGCUGUUCGAGCAGGGUGCCCAGAGCGGUCAGGGUGGCGUGGCGGAGUCUUUUGUGCCGGAUCCCACCUGGGAGAACUUCCAACGACCCUCGAACGAGCCCGACCAGCUCGGUUUCGGCUUCCCGCGCUUCAUCUCCCACGAGCUGCUCCAUAGCCGGCCAUUUAUCAAGGGCGACACCGUGUUUCUCCGCGUCAAGGUGGAUCCCAGCAAAAUAGUGUCCGUUUAAGCGGCCAUAAGAUCCCGUUUAGUGUUAAGCAUUUACUCUACUGUGUAAAUACUGUGUAUUUAAAUUUAUGAGUAAAUUAUAGCCUAAGCUAAUCCCAAAUCCCAGCGGCAGCUUCGGGCAAUGUUUUCCGCUCUGAGCUAACUGGCCAUAGAACGCUGCAAUCGCUGGAUCACUGCGUCAUAGUCAUACUCGUUUCGUAUCGUUUAGGUUUUGCAGUGCUGGAAAUAAACCAAAGCAUAAUUAGCAUCCAAUUCAUCCAUAAUUGUACGCCUAAGUUCGUGUCUUAAGUCUUUUGUUUAGAGAUUUGUAUUUUUGCGCGCAAUGCUAACACUUUCAAAAGAUCUUCAAACUAGACCGUACGCCCGAAAUCAGUUAGACCAUAAGUUGCAUGUAUAUAGAUUAAAAUUCGAAGCGGCAGCCACAGCCGCAGCAACCGCAACUGUUCUAGUUAUAAUUGUAUCAUCUAGAUAGCAGCCUAAGACAACGCAGUAGUCAUAUGUACCAUAUACAUAAACAUGAGAAUUCAUCUUCGAGUAUAGUCAACUAAGUUUACGUUUAAAAGCUAUAAAGUCAAAUAUAAAAUAAAAAAUAAAAAUAAAUAUUAAAUGCAAA